CUGCUUAAAUGUGCGGUGGUUACAUUUACUGACGUUUUAGACCUAGUCGGUGCUAACAUACGGUAGGAAGAGUUAUAUGUCUGAUUGUUUGCGUUAUUGCGAGCGUUCAGCUUUUCUGCAGUGGCCCAUUGAAUCCCGCCAUUCACUACAAACACCCUGAUGCCGAGCAGAGCAUGGAGGGACACACUCCUGUCCCAGAAAAUCCUCAUGCAGAAUAUGGCCUCACUGAAAACAUCCAGAGAAUAGUGGAGAAUGAGAAAACGACCGCUGAAAAAGUCACCAAACAGAAGGUGGACCCUCAGACCCUGCAGACCCUUCCUACACGAGCGUAUCUGGAUCAGACCGUGGUUCCUAUUCUUCUGCAGGGCUUGUCGGUUCUGGCCAAGGAAAGGCCUCCAAAUCCCAUAGAGUUUUUAGCGGCAUUCUUACUGAAGAACAAGUCCCAGUUCGAGGAACGAAAUUAAAGACGCAGUGUGCGGUGGAAGAUUUAGAAUUACAGUUUUUUCGUUUUGUGUAUUUUUUGUGAAUUUAAAUGUAACGGUGUCACGCGCUUCAGCCUGUUUGUUUUCCAACAUUAAUGUAGUUUUUUAAGCUCUAAUAAAAUGUUCAAGCAGCCGUA